AUGAAGUAUCAUUAUUUCUCUAAAGACAAUAAAAUAUCUGAGCUGGAAGUCAGGGCCCUCAUAGAGGACAACCAACGCACAUACAUCUGUGACGCUACCAACGGCCUGGGCGUUACCGUAACAAGCAACGUUACGCUCAAUGUGCUACAUGAACCGGUAUGGAAAGACGUGCCCAGCGGGGUAGUGGAGGUGAAGGAGAAGGAUGACCUCUUGCUGAGGGCAGUAGCUGAUGCCAACCCACCACCUGUCACAUACAAGUGGUGGAGAGGCCCCGUCCUGCUUCAGGAAGACCAAGAAGAGGGGGGCCUCCUGGAGAUGACAAGGGUGCAUCGCCAAGAGGCAGGAGGGUACUCUGUCACUGCUGAGAGCCCCAGGGGCAUCGUCAACUGCUCCUUCAUCCUUCUCAACGUACCUCUGUAA